UAACAAGGGAAAUAAUUCAGCUACACGACAUGUCUCUCGAAGCGUCGUUAAGACUUGACGAUUGACGGACAAAAUCUCAAUGUUUGUCUCGGAUACGUUAGUCUUUUCACCUUCAACAAUGAAGGUUCGAAUUACUAAUAUGGAAGGUGUCGAUAUUAUCGAUGAAUUUCGACCAGAUUUAACGGUAGAUAUGGUAAAGAUCCGUUCUUUAAGCCAACUUUUUAGUCCAAUGGAAAGCAUGAAAGUCUCUCUCUAUCACAAAGUUUUACUCGUCCGAACUGGUAAGGUUCUAAAUGAGGAAUCCACAUUGCAACAAGAAGGUCUUCGAGAUAACGAUGAAAUAAUUAUUCUGAAACGUCGGUUGCCACCUUUUGUUUAUGAUGGAGCUGACAAGAAAGAAGAAUCACGUAAAGGCCCCAAUUCUGAAAGUGUUAAUAAAGCUACUGCAGGAUUGACUCCUUGUAAUAUGGAACCGACUACUGAUAAACCUCCCAAUGGAGGGGAUUUUCAAUCAGAAUUUAGGAAGAUAUUAAUUACUUUGAUUGAAGCAUCUCAGAAAAUUCUGUGCCUAAAGCCAGACGCAUCAAAAAUUUUUAGACAUGCUGAAGAAAUCAGUAACCAAUAUCUACCUUGUGCCUCAAAAAUGGAUGAAACCACUGUAAAGAAGCUAACUGACAUGGGAUUCCCAGAAGACAGAGCACGUAAGGCUCUAGCCCUUAACAAGAUGAACUUCCUUCUAGCUAUGGAGUGGCUUCUUACACAUAACUCUAAUUCUGAUACGGAUACUCCUCUAAGUAAUGAAGAAGACGAAGAAAAUGAAGAAACUGAAAAACAGCAAUUAGAAGGGGCCACUGCUGCUACCCCCAACCAAUCAGCAAAAGCAAAUAGUCUAAUAAAUUCUUUGAAACGGUUCAAAAAGAGAGAAUUCCGUCCAAAUCCGAGGGCUCUGCUCACAUUAAUGGAAAUGGGUUUUGAAGAAUCUGAGGCUAUCAGUGCUCUCCGUGUGGCUGGUAAUAAUCAAGAUACAGCUUGUGAAUGGUUGCUAGGUGAUCGCAAGACUGUCCCAAGUGAUGUUGAUGAAGGACUUGAUGUCAAUGGUCCAAUCUAUAAAGCCAUUAUGUCAAAUCCAAUAAUUCAAGUGGGACUGAAUAAUCCAAGAUGUUUAUUAGCAUUCAUUUUGAUGCUAGAGAGUCCUUUGACAGCAAAUCAAUGGUUGAGUGAUGCUGAAACAGGUCCUGUCUUGCUACAAGUUUCUCGAAUUUAUCAUGCUGAAAAGAACUCCAACAAAGCUUUGGCAUCUCAGAACAGUCUAGGUCUUGGAGGUAGCACCAGUAGAUGAUGUAGGCUUCAUCUUCAAACAGUUAAUGGAAAAAGAAUUUUAUCGAAGUCAUGAUUAGAACCUUGAUAUUAUGGUGGAAAAUAGGAACAUUAUUGGCAAUUGGGAUAUUUUUUGGGAUAUCUAACAAAAUCUCUAAAAUAAGACAAAAAUAAUAGAAAAAGAAAAAAAUAAAGUAUUUUUGAAAUUUUG